AUGGCAGCACCAACGCGGAGUCUGCGACACAUUUCUGCCGUCCGAUCGGCUGUCGCUCCCUCUUACACAUUCACCUCUUACCGCACCUAUGCCACAACCGAUUCCUCCUCCGCCACCAACCUACCAGCGGGAAGCACCCGCCGGCAAGCGACUUCCUUCAAGGAUAAGCUGAAUGCAGGCCCAUCGUUCGCCGAUUUCGUCUCGGGCCCGAAGGAAGAACCCCUCGAACCCUCGGAAGCCUAUGCCCUCAAGAAAGCCAUGGCCGGACCGGCCGGCCGUAAGAAGGAAAUCACCCGCCUGCCCGAAUGGCUGAAGACUCCGAUUCCGGACUCGAAGAACUACCAGCGCUUGAAGAAGGAUUUGCGCGGAUUGAACCUGCACACUGUCUGCGAGGAAGCCCGGUGCCCGAAUAUCUCUGAUUGCUGGGGCGGUGGUGACAAGGCUGCUGCGACGGCGACUAUCAUGCUGAUGGGCGACACAUGUACGCGCGGAUGCCGCUUCUGCAGCGUGAAAACGAACCGUGCUCCGGCCCCGCUGGAUCCUCAUGAGCCGGAGAAUACCUCUGAGGCUAUCUCGCGCUGGGGUCUGGGGUACGUCGUUUUGACUAGUGUUGAUCGAGACGAUCUGGCGGACGGUGGUGCUCGUCACUUCGCUGAGACGGUCAUCAAGAUCAAGCAGAAAGCACCCAAUAUUCUGGUCGAGUGUCUGACUGGUGAUCACCGCGGUGACGUGGAGAUGACCAAGAUAAUUGCUCGGUCUGGAUUGGACGUUUAUGCGCACAAUGUCGAGACUGUCGAGGCUUUGACCCCGUAUGUUCGUGACCGUCGCGCGACGUUCCAGCAGUCACUUCGCGUUCUCAAGGCUGCUAAGGAGGCUCGUCCUGAUCUUAUCACUAAGACUUCCCUCAUGCUGGGUCUUGGUGAGACGGAUGAGCAGCUCUGGGACGCUCUUCGUCAGCUUCGCGCCGUCAAUGUCGACGUCGUUACCUUCGGUCAAUACAUGCGUCCCACUAAGCGCCACAUGGCUGUUGAGGAAUACGUUACCCCGGAUCGUUUCGAGGCUUGGCGCCAGCGGGCCCUUGAUAUGGGCUUCUUGUACUGUGCUUCCGGUCCUCUGGUUCGCAGCAGUUAUAAGGCUGGUGAGGCCUUUAUUGAGAAUGUGCUCAAGAAGCGUCGUGCUGGAGCUACGACUACCGAAGGCACGGUUGAUAAGACUGUUGUCGCUGACCAGGCGACGCAUUGA